CUACAAUGAUGAUAAUAAUAAUAAUAAAAAAAAAAAUAUAUAAAAGCGCACAAACAAAAUAGUUUGUCGUAUAGUUGUAGAAUAUUUUUAUUAAAUUAAGAUUUUUUUAAAUAAAUAAUUAAAAAUAAAAUAAAAAAAAAAAUUAAAUAACAAUGACUUCCUUAGUAGCCGAUUAUGGAACAUCUUCAGGUUCAGAAAGUGAAUCAGAAGGUGUUAAAAUUAUUCCAAAGGUGGAGAAUGAUGACGACGACGAUGAUGAUGAUGAUGAUGAUGACAAUGAUGAAGAGGAAGACGGUAUAAAUGAGGAUGAUAUUGAUGAUGAAUCAAAUGACCGAGAUGAUAAUAGCAACAAUAAAAGUUCAUAUGAUAACAAUAAGCUUCCAUUACCGACUCCAGAUUUCAAUGUAACUCCCACAUUAAAAACUUCCGUAUUUACAAAUCCAUUUGUCGAAGCUGAAAAAGCCAAAAGCGCUAUUUUAGAAAAACAUGUUAAGAUGACACCAACAUUAGAUGACACAAAGAUGAUCAAUGGACGUAAAAUAUGUUGGAAUUAUCGUAAAGGACGAUGUCGCUUUGGGCACAAUUGUACAUUUGCACAUGAUUCAGAUCUACAUCGCAGUGCUGCUGAACUUGAAGCAAUUCGUACACCUCAGGAGACUGUUAUUUGUCAAACACACUUCAAUAAUCAAAAAAUUUAUCAUAUUAAUGGUGAUAAUCAUGAUGAUAAUAAUAAAGAUAAUGAUAAUGAUGAUGAUGAAAUCGAUCAAGAAAAUAAUCAAAUGAUUAAACGUAAAAAACGACCUGGACUCAGCCAAAGUCUUAUUCCGGGUAAAAAAGUUUUGAAAAUGUAUAAAGCGCAACAAACUAAAGCUGUUGGUAGAUAA